UCGUGCGACAAGCUUUGAAGAAAAAUGGAAUUUCUGGGAUAUCCAUAUUAUAAACUAUAUCGGCUCUCCUUAUUAUCGCUUAGUUUGUGGCCAUAUGGCAAAUCAUUUCUUAAACAAAUUCAUGCAACUUUCUGUAUCUUUUUACUUAUAUCUUCAGUACUCACACAGUUAUUGAAACUAUUUACAAUGGAAUAUAAUCUUGAACUUGCGUUGACUAUUUUGUCGUUCACUAUUCCUUCCGUGAUUUAUCUCGUAAAAUAUAUUGCCUUUUACAUGCAAUCUCAAAAGAUUCGGGAAUUAAUGGAACAAAUUCGAAAUGAUUGGAAUGCAUUAAAAGAUGAGCAGGAAGUUGAAAUAAUAAAAAAAUAUACCAAGUCUGGAAGGAAACAUCUAUACGCAUUUGCGGGCCUAGUUUAUCCCGGUACUAUUGGUUUCAUUCUAAUGCCGUUUUUGCCAGAUAUUCUCGAUGUCGUAGCGCCGCUAAACGAAUCUCGUACACGGCAACUUCCGUUUUUAACGGAAUAUUUUCUCGAUCAACAAAAAUAUUUUUAUCCACUAUUAUUACAUGUGAACGCAACAAUUAUCGUAGGAAUUGUGACCGUUAUAAGCACGGAGACUUUAUUCUUUGCAUAUGUUUAUCAUAUUUGUGGCAUGUUCGAAAUAACCGGUUACCGUAUAGAACAUGCAUUGGAUGAGAAUAUGUCUAUAUUGUCUACAUUGAAUAGGGAAAAUGCAAUUCGUAUGAAAAUAAUUAAUGCUGUAGAGAUUCAUCAGAGAGCCAUUCAGUUUUUUGAAUACAUGUCGUCUACUUUUACUUUCACUUAUUUUAUUCUAAUUAUUCUGGGUGUAGCUUCCUUGAGUAUCAACUUAUUUCGCCUUUUUCAAGUUACCGUUAUGUCAGAUCAAAGAGAAAACUUCGCACCAUUCAUGAUAUUUGUAAUCGGCCAUUUUUAUUAUAUGUUUGUAUGCAAUUAUAUGGGACAGAAAAUCAUAGACAAUAGUAUGGGAAUUUAUAGAAAAACAUAUGAUAUACAGUGGUAUACGGCACCUGUGCAAAUACAAAAACUAUUACUGUUUAUGAUGCAAAAAAGUAUGAAUUCUUGCAAAUUCGUCAUUGGCGGUAUUUAUUCAGCGUCCUUGGAAAAUUUUACUACGCUUGCGAGCAUGUCACUAUCUUACUUCACGGUAAUUUAUUCUGUGCAACAAUGAAAAGAAGCAGAAAUAGUAGCAGCUGGGUAGUGCUUUCUAUUUGAAAAGAUGAUUGUUAUCUCAAAA